CAUCACUACUUCAAUUGUUUGAGAAUUUCCCUGACUGAAAAUGAGUGGACGAGGCAAAACCGGUGGCAAGACCAGGGCGAAGGCAAAGACACGUUCAUCCAGGGCUGGACUCCAGUUCCCCGUGGGUCGAGUUCACAGGCUGCUCCGCAAGGGCAACUAUGCCCAUCGUGUUGGAGCUGGAGCUCCGGUCUACAUGGCUGCCGUGCUCGAGUAUCUGACCGCUGAGAUCCUGGAGUUGGCCGGCAAUGCUGCCCGUGACAACAAGAAGAGUCGUAUCAUCCCCCGCCAUCUGCAGCUGGCUGUGCGCAACGACGAGGAGUUGAACAAGCUGCUCGGCGGAGUGACCAUCGCUCAGGGUGGUGUGCUGCCCAACAUCCAGGCAGUGCUGUUGCCCAAGAAGACUGAGAAGUCCAAGUAAAUUGCUGUUUUUUCAGUUCCAUCGAAAAGGCUCUUUUAAGAGCCACCCACUUAUUCGUAUAAGCUCAUAUUAUUCCAAUUUUACAUUGCGCUCCCAAACGUAGUGGUAGUUCCAAGAGGGCGGGUUGAAUAGAAGGAAAAAAAACAGACUAUAGCGUUCCUCCUAGACAUAAAACAUAGUUAGUCUGAGCUACGCCUCUGGGUAGAUAUUUCAGGCAAACAAUACGAGUCUUUUUUUUCUGCAAAAAGGGGGAGCGAUCCUUUACUCCACAUAGGAUGGUUAAAUCGGCAUUAAGUGAAUCCGCGUUUAAAUUUGACAAGCGUGUUAGCAUUGUUUCCCCAACUGCUCAAAUCAGGCUAACUGUUCACUGCCUAUGCGCCACAUCUUGCAGCACAGCUGUUACUAUAGCAACAGUGGAAGUGAACAGAACGUGCAGGUCCGGUCGACCAUUUCCAACGAUGUGAUUGGUUCUUUAUUAGACGGCAGGAUUUCCAAUUACAAAUCCACCAUGUUUACCUGUAAGGGAUUUCCCCAUUCAUUUUCCUGUCAAUGAUUUUUGUUUAAUGUAUCUGAUAGUAGAUUGUAACUAAACUACGGCGUGGGAGUGACUGUCGUCAUGUUGUGUUAACGCUUGUUUGCAUCUUUAUUAUCCGGUAUGAUUAUAGAUAGCUCUAUCUUCCACAUUAUGUUAAGGUAUAUCACACAGAUGGAUACACAUUGCAGACAUGUUAUGAACUAGCUUUAGUAUCCAGCUGUAUUGCUAAUGCUAUAAUGCUAGUUUCCCCCGGUUUGUACAACAACAUCCAAAUGCCGCGCUUUUCUCUUAAUUGUUACUUUCUCUUAAUUGUUUUAUUUUUUAUGUCUGGAUGCACAAUAAAGUUUCAGUUAGCAGA